AUGGACGAUUCGAGUGUCUCAACUAUGAAUGACAGUAAUAUUCAUGUAGUUGAUACUGUUUAUAGAGACCAAAGUGAGCCAAUUCCAUCUACCAGUUAUGAUGUGCAAUUAUUCGAAGGUCAAAGCCAAAUUUGUGCCCAAGUUGACCUACAGCCGUCAAAGCCAAUCCCAUUGUCUACUACUCGUAUACUUGAUGGGACUUUUUUUAAAUUAAUAUCUUUUGACUCUAAAAAUGUAAUAGCAAGUUGUGUUGUAUGCCUGCCAAAAAAUGUAAACAUAAAGGGCUCUGUAUUUUCAUCCUCAAAUUUUAAAACUCAUUUAAAGAGAGUGCACGAUAGGUCUGUUUUAUAUGAAUAUGAAAAUUAUAUUGUUAACCCACGAAAGUCAAGAAAAGGAAAAAUGAUAACUUCUCACGAUACGAAUUAUAAAAGAAAAAAGAAAAAUUACACACAAGAGCAAUUUGAUGAAGAUAUAAUUAAUUAUAUUAUUCAUGCAGUAGCACCUUUCAGUACAUUGAAAAAUCCAUUUUUUGAGGAAAUAUUUAUUAAAUCUGGAAUUCUUGAUAAUAACCGUUUAACUUUAAUGAGUCCCCAAAGUCUUACUAGAAAAAUUGAAUCUAAUUUCAAUACAUAUGUCGAAAAAAUAAAAAGUUCUUUAGAAAAAGUAAAUUAUUUAUGUACAACAGCUGAUGUGUGGUCUGCACAAAGAAAGAGUUUUAUGUGUGUAACCGUUCAUUGGAUUGAUGAAGACUCGUUAGAGCGAAAAACAGCUAGUCUAGCAUGUCGCCGUUUUAGAGGUGCUCUUUCACAAGAUAAAUUCGCCAACAUAUUACAUGGUGUAUAUUACAAGUACAAUCUGAACGCUGCCAAGGUAAAUAGUGUAUUAUAUUGAUAAUAGUUCUAAUAGUAUAAGGUAUAAUAUAUUUUAAUUUUUUUUUUUAAUAGAUAAUUGCAACCGUUAUAGAUAGUAACAGCAAUAUGGUUAAAGCAUUUAAAGUAUUUGGUGGAAAUAUGUCAUAUUUUGAAGAAUUGAGCUGUAGUAAGGAAACGGAUGAAAACGAUAGUGAUUUAACUGUAACAAGUUUUCAAGAAUAUAGCGGAAAUUUAGAAAAUGAACCAUACGUCAUUCUUUCUGGUCAUACUCGAUGCUGUGCUCAUACAUUGAGCCUUUGUUUGACUAUUGAUAUAACUAAAACCAUUCAAUUAUCACCACAUCUCUAUGAAAUACAUACUCAAGUAAUGCAAAAGUGUAAUAUACUAUGGAAUGCAGCAAGUCAACCAAAAUCAGCAGAUGUAAUACUAUCAGUUUUAGGACAUACCCUAUCAAGACCUGAUGAAGCGAGAUGGAAUUCACUAUUUGACUGGUUAUCUCAAAUUAAUAAAAUAAAAGAAAAAUCCAGUGAACUUAAUCGAGCACUUAACUUAAAUCAUUAUUCAUUUACCACUUAUGAUCACAACUAUAUUGAGGAAUUUUUAUCUUGUGUUAAGCCUUUAUUACAAGCAUUGGACAUAAUACAAGAUGAUAAAAGUGUAUUUUACGGUAUGAUCUUUCCUACAUUACUAUGUUUACAACAAAAAUUAAUGGCAAUAAACAGUGAAAAUUUUACAUACUGUAAACUAAUUAGAAAUAGUCUUUUAGCUAGUUUAGAAAGAAGAUUUUCUAAUAUUUUAAAUUUAAACACGAUUGAAGCUGAUAACGCAGCAAUUGCUGCGUUUUCUCACCCAAAAUUUAAAAAGAAGUGGCUAAAUUAUAUUAAUAUCUCUUUUCAUGAAAAAUUUUUAUUUUUGUUUAAAAACAAAGUAUCAGCUAUACAUACAACAACAAGUGGAGAAGAUUUUGAAAUUGAAGAGGACAGUUCUGAUUUUUUUUACUUCGGUUCAAUGAUACAAAAUGGCAGGGCAGAUAGUACGUCUGCUGAGAUUGAAGUAUGUAUAUGAAAUUAUAUGUUAUAUGUUUUUAUUGAACAAGUAAACUACCUAUAACUUUAAAUGUAUGUUUCUAGGUGUUAAAAUAUUUUGAGGAUCCACGUCAAUGUAUUGAAAGUUUAAACUCAUACCCUACUGUAAAAAAAGUUUUUCUUCAAUAUAAUACUCCUGUAGCAUCUUCAGCUACAGUAGAUCGAAUUUUCUCUUUUACGGCAAUGUCAAAUUUACCAAAUUCAAAUAAAUUGUCAGACGAUUUAUUUGAGCAAAAGGUAAUAUUGAAAUCAAAUUUAAAUAAUCAAUUACAAUAUGGUAAAUAA